AUGAUUGGAAACUUUAUGUUGACCAAAGAUGAGAUCAUUCGUAUACUUGUUGGUCAAAAAGGAAAAAGAUCGAAUUCUCACAAAAAUGCUGCCUCAGGCGGAGGAGGUACAUUUGUAGUAAGAGGAGACAACAAGCCUUUGAUCAUAGCCGGAGGUGGAGGAGGAGUUGCUAAAAUGACAGAACAACAUUCAGGAUGUGAUGCGUCCAUAAACACAACAGGGAAUGCAGGGUAUAACUCGCCAUUCCUGUCAGGAGGAAUGAACGGAUAUGGAGGACAAACUGAUAAACCGGACUCUGGUAGGUGAAGAAUUUCCUAUUUACAACUGCUGAAUUUUUUUUGCAUCCAUCAGUAUUUCGAACAAAGAGGUGAUACUGGUCGCUCAAAUUUGGAUUUUUCUUAGAAUUACUAAGAGCAAUGAUCUUUUCAGUAGCUAAUGUAAACUUUAAAUCGCUUGAUUGUAGGCGGUGGCGGAGGCGGCUUUUACAGUAAUGGAGAAGACUCAGAGACUUCUGGUGGAGGGGGAAAGGGAGGUAAAGGAUUUCUGGCCGGGGGAGAGGGGGGAGCAUAUCGGGGUGGUUUCGGAGGUGGGGGUGGUUCUCGUUAUAAAGAUGAGAUACCUGGAGGCGGUGGGGGGUACUCCGGGGGAAGUGGAGGUGCGAAUAAAGGUAUUUCCUGUGGGGGAGGGGGAGGUUCUUUCAACAACGGAACAAAUCAGCAAAAUGAAUGUUGUUAUAAUACUGCUGGACAUGGUAAAGUGAUCAUAACAUUUCUUCACUGAAAUGCAUGGCAGCACUUUCCUUAGCGUGUAGUGGUAAUUCUGUUUUGAAGCGCUAAUUGAUAUUGGUUUUUAAACUCAAUUGCUUUUAAUUUUUUUGGGUCAUUAUUUAGAUUUUGUUAUUAAGCCGUGUUACUGUAAGACAAACAGCGCAACUUGUGGUUCUAGAGGCGUUUAUAUUUGAGGUUAGAAUUAAAAUUCACAAACAACAUUUGCUAGAAUAGGUGAGUUUGUGAAUUUUUACUGGACGUACCUUCUCCCCCGGGGAAAGGGAUGGGGUAGGGGGAGGGGACGGGGGAAGGAAUGGGAAGAAUUAAACAUGGCUCGUGCGUUCUGAGUUGUAUGAUGCAUGAAUAUUUAGGUGAAAGAAAACAGUGAACAACAAAUUCUCCCACCUCUUUAAUCAAUCAGAUUCUUACACGUUAAAAACAUACAAUAUUAAGGUGAGGCAAGAUAAUAGUUUGUAAUCUCCAGGGUGAGGACAAUGUUAGCUACAAAUUACUUUGGCCUAUAGAAUAAAGAAGAUACAAAUGCCAGGACUGUUUAGACUUUAAAUAGCGGGCAUGGUGGGAAGUUAGUGAUAAUUGGUCAAAUAAUAACAUAUGGGUAAUGAAGACUAAGUAGUAAUUUUGUAGAGAAACAGUUGUGAAGUCAGCUCUUCAUAUUCUUGUGCAUUUAAUGUCAAUGAAUACAUAUUUAACAAUGUAAAGGUAUGCAGUCAAUAUUUUUUCUCGAUCAGCUCAAAACUAAAAUUUAUUUUCAAUAAUGAUACAGUCAGUGUGACCCGGCUCCUUUAAUUUUUUUGCCCGUUCACCUUCUAAAUGUUGCUGCGCAUGACACUGACUGUAGGCGAUGGCACAUUCAAGUUAACGCAAAACCUUAUUUACUUGUUGUAUUUUUGUUUUUCUUCUUACAUCUGGAAUGUCUUUUCAGGAGGCUCUCGUGCUCUUCGUCACUUAAAGUGGAGUAAAGCGCUGUAAUUUUCACGUAGUUGGAAAGAAUGAUUCUGCUUAAUAAUAGUUAGAAAUAUAUUGAGAACAUUCUUUGCUGGUGGAUGGACUAAAAGCUCCCAAUAAUUGUCGGUCUAUAGUGUAGAUUUAGUAACCUCUAGUGAAACUCAAUAAAUUGAUAUCUGGCUGUCAGUAUUUUCAUGUUUGUUAGUUGAACCUAAAUUAUAAAGUCACAUCAACUGAGUGCAAGGUAAAUUUGUGAAAGAACGAAAAAAGUAUCUAUGUAUCUUACAGGAAAUUUCGUGUAUCCCUCAACUUUACUCAUCGUUUUUACUCGUCUUUGAUGUCUUUCUUCGCAGCACACGAAAACCAGCCUUGACCAGGUCCUUGCAGGGUAAUCGAAAAUGGUAUGAUGCAUGGAUAUUUAGGUGAUGGAAAACAGUCAACAACAAAUUAUUUUCUAUGACAGCCUUGUAUAGCGGGAGAUUCCUGACGACGGCUAUAAAAAGCGUUGCGAAUUGUUUGAGGCCUUCCAACGCAGUUUCUGAUUAGACUUCGUGUCGGUUGGACAUUAUAACAGGGUAAUUUGGUAUUAACAAGUGAGUUGAUAACGUGAAUUGGCCACCGUAAAAAGUUUAAAAGUUGACGUCUUGAGCGUUAGCCCUUCGUCAGAGCGAAUGGAGGAAUUGUGGGUUGUGUGUAUUUUUAUAUGCAGAAAAUUGAGCUACUCUAUUGGUGGGAAUAUGGUGACGAGAAAACAAAAAUAAAUUAGUUGAACGAAAGGCGCUCGUUGAUACCGAGGGAAUUUAGAGUUUUGCGGCUUUCCGAAUUGCCUAGAUGGACGGAAAGGCCGCAUACUGUCAUAUGGUGCUCAGAAUGAUUAGGGAGAUUUAAUUAAGUUACUUUUUCAAAUGUAUUGAAAUGAAUGCGAUUUAUUUCGUCGUUUUGAAGCUUAGUUUUUAAAAAACCAGCAAUUGCAAAACCUCUUUUAAUCAGCGCUUGUAUUGAUCAUUUCCACGCGGUUUCCUAUUCCGGUUACAGGCCCCCUCGGACAUAAGCCCCUCCGUUUCUAAGCCCUUUUAAAACCCCUAAAGAAGUUGUACAGCCCCAGGGUUUAUAACCAGUAGUUUACGGUAGAAGGCAAUUAACUUCCUGAUUUAUUCAGACAGAACGCCAUUGAUACCCGUUCAGUAUAAUCAAGUUUCACCAACCAACCAGGUCCUAGAGGAACUAAUGCAGCCAUGACAACUACUAACAACCACAUAGAUAAACAAAGAAGGCGCCCAAUUUGAACGCAGAUUAAAAUUCAGCUUUCUUAGUUGCCUGAUUUUGUCCUUAAAAGUGUAAAACUUACAGUAGCUAUUUUGAUUAUCUUUAUUGAGAUAACUAAGCCUUGAAAUAUUCGCACAAGUUUCUCGGCUUCCACUGGAAUUAAAUAUAAUAUAUCAUUUCAUUUAAUAUAUACCUGGACUGGCACAGGACAACUUACGAAUUUCUCAAGAAGUUCAUGCGUCUUUGAAGUUAUUUUGUAACACAGAUUUUGGAUACAACAAGUUUACAAACGAACAAAUUUUAUGAAACGUGGUUUUUUGGAGUAACCAAAAGCGAAAUUUUACUUCAGAAAUACAAAAAUAAAGUCACUUUCUCUACAAAGAAGUCAUUGAACGUGUACGAGUCUUUUGACAUGUUCGAUUAUACGAUUAUAUUUUCGUUUUUGUUUAAAGUUGAGAGUCAACUAAAAUACCACGACUUGGAGAUAAAUGAAAAAUUUACAAAGCAGUGAUGAAAUCGUCUUAUUCGUCAAAACGAGACAAAAUAUGCUGUUUUCUCAAAACCUACUGGAAAAUUAAAAAGGAAAAAAAACGAAACCGCAGUGGCAGUCCGGCUUUCUGUACAAUUUGGCUCUUGAGUUGAUGUAAAGGUUGGUUCACAAAAUCUGCAUAGAGGACUUAAUUCGUAUGUUCUAGAAAGUUAGUCGAACUAAGGCAUGAGUUAUCUAUGAUCCACCGCUGAAACGAUGUUCUAUCGGAAAUUUAUUAAACAAAUUUUACUCAGUCUUGGUUCAUCAGAAAGAAGAAUGUUGACUUUCGGUUCUACAAGUAACAUGAGACAUUUUUUUAGUUAAAAAAUAUUGCUUUUAAGCUCUUAGAUUCUUUUGGAUGACAUAUGACUACAUUUAAAAUUUUAACAUUUGUUGUUCCUGUUACACUCAAGUUGGCAAUCUGUAGCGCGCGUAAUACUCGAAUUAAUUGUAGGUCUCGCGCGACAUCCCCGCGACAUCCCCGCGACAAAAUGACACGUUUAGUAGAGGAAAUAACGACCCUCGUGAGGCUUCGGUACAUACAAAUAGGUAAAUGGGUAUAAAGAGAGGACCUACAAAUGAUCUUUCUUCUAUUCAGGGAAUCUUUUGAGCAAUGUUGCGUCACGUAAUAGAGCGCAAUUUUAUUUUAUCUCAUAUGGAUAUAAAUAUCAUUUUAUCUCUUAUCAUUGCACGUUGUUCUUCGUCAUUUCUCUCCUUCGCUUUAUGAUUAUGAUGGGUUCACAAAGCUUAAUUUUCAAGCAAUAUCAAUCGAAAUAUAAAGAUCUAAUCUAAGAAGGCAAAUGGAAAUCAAUCCCUCAUGACAAAGGAAUAUCUUAAAGCGUAUCCCCUUCCCUCCCCACCCCCCUUGGGCUCUUGAGCCCUCGUGUAACGAUGUCUAUUAUCUUUGAGAACAAAACAAAAAGGAAGUAAAAAGAAUUGUGACAAUCAAGAACAGUUUAUUUGACCAGAUCAUUAACAAUGUUUUUCUUUCCUUGGAAGCUUUUAUCUUAUUACUUCUUCUCUCUCUUUCAUUAGUCUCCACAAUGAUAAUGAAUCCAUUUACACUGCAUCAAGAAAAGUCAACAUAAACGUGGUACUUUUGUUAUAAAAACUUGCAAGAAAUUCGAUAAAACCCAAGAUAUAAAACUAUAAAAAAAUUGACAUGUCACCAUCGCCGUGCAGAGCAAACAUAUUUUAGGGCAUCCUGAAUCUAUGAAAAAUAAUUCAACACUCGCAUGAUUUUUGUCUUUUAAAUGACAAAAAGAAAAAAAAGAACUUGCUAAAUUUGAGAGUAAUUCAUCAAAAUAUGAGUCACUACGUUACUGAAUUGCAAGAAAGAAAAUAACCUCUUGUAAUGCAGAAGUUUAGGUGCGGCAAAUGUUUCGUUGAAAAUCAAUCUGACUAAGGUAGUGUAAUUUAACCAUCAAUAAUAUUGGUAGAGAUCUUCAUAAAAGUGAGAAAUUUGUACUGUGGACCGUAAGGUAGGGGGACCGCUUCUCCUGGAUCAGUAAUCUCGUUUCCUUGUUAGUCACAGCAGUUUGUCCGAGCUUUUGGGACCACAAUCUACCUGGGGGGUGGAGGGCGUAAGGUAAGUCAAACACGUACGAACUUGUACGAAUGACACUUGAUUACAUGAAAAAUUAGCUUCACCUCACAGUCAAAGAAUAAGAAAUAAAUCUAAGAAUAAAAAACAAACUAUCCGUUAGCCGCCAACCCCAAAAUUUCGGAACAUCAACUUGUUGUGGUAAAACGGAAGUCUUUAUUUUACGCUCAAGUGUGGGCGAACAAGGAAUACGCGUAAACAGUUGGUGAAGUGCGGUGGCCCACAACUGUCACGGCAAAAGAAAUAACCUCGCGGCAAAAGAAAUAACAAUGUCCUCACGGCAUAAAAGAGGGCGUGGGGUCCGGGACGAGCUGUCGAGGUGCACCAUGGGAUAAGAAAAUGCAGUAAAGGGGUCAGCGGCUGAUCAUCACUUCCCGCCAUUUCUCUCGCCGUGAGUCUCUUUCUUUUGCCCCGAGGUUCUUUUGCCGUGACAGUUGGGAGCCACCUUAGUAAAGAGUAUUAUUAACUUCCUCAUACGUCGCGCUCAUACAGAUAUAAUUAAGCUAGAAUAAAACAACACAUGAAGGACAUCUUCCUCUAUUUUUAUUAAAAUUACAGGCCAUUGACAUGCAUUAAGUAUAAUUGAGUUUUACCAAUCAACUGGUUCGCAGGGAAACUAAUUCAGUUUUGAACCUCAUAAUCAGACAUAGGAUGUGAUGUAUUUGAACCAAAAUAAAACUGCAGCUGUCUCAUUUCGCUAAAUGUUUAUCUUAAGGAGGAAAAACUCACUCUAGCUGUUCGCUUGAAUUAUAACGGGUGUUUUUUUCUGAGAACAUGCUGUCUGUUUUCUACUGUUUCGUUCUCACCGUUUUGGCUUCCCUAAUACCAGAAGUACGAGGUAAGAUUUUGCUAUACCCAAUUCACACCAAUGCUUAAACAUGUUUUAAAGCUGUUUUGUUAAACAUGGUUGGAAAUUGUCUUCUUAGCAGCUGCUUAAACCGAUGUUUUUCAACUUCAAAUUUAGCAGAGUUAAAAUAUAAAUAAAGUGACUUGAAACCUAUAGAAAAUUCAGUUAUUCACAUAUCUGUUUUAAUUCAACCCGGUUGAUGUUGUGAAUGGGGUAUUAUUUGUUGUCAAAGAACUAUUUCAAAGUUUUCUUUAUCAUCAUAUGAUUUUUUUGUUAUCUUUAUCUACAUAACUAAGCCUUGAAAUAUUGACAUAAGCAUCUCCUACUAGUACUAAAGACAAUAACAAUUUUAUUCAUCUACAUACCCGGAGUGGCAUGAGACAACCAAAUAUUUUAAAGAAAGUUUCAUUUCGUGUUGCAAUACUUUUUAAAAAUUACAAAAUUGAAAGAAAUAAAAUUUUAGGGAACAUGGUUUCUGGGCUGAGCCAAAAGGGAAGGUUUAUUUUGAAUAAACAGUCACUGUCUCUGCAAUGAUGUCCGUGAACCGCGUUUAAUUUUCGACUUUUUGAUCCUACACGAUGGAUAAAAUGACUACUGGCAGACCUGUUUGGCUGUUUGGCUUCAAAGUUCAUAUAAAGGCUGGUUCCAUUUUUCAUAAAACGUAAGUCGAGGGGUUCAUGUACUCCAGUGCGCGGGCAGAGGAAAGGAUUAAGUUAUUACCGAUCCACCGCAGAAAGAAAGUUUAAAAUUAGCUUGCGGAAUAAUUUCACUUCACCCAACCAAAACAGGUGAUUUCGACAGAAAAAUCUGCUAAAUAAACUUUACGCGGUCUUGCGUGAUCGUAACGGAGACUGAUGGCAGUGAUCGAGUCAUUGAACUCCUUAAGAUAUUUUAGGUUCAAAAAUAUACUUUCAGCCUUUAUAGUGCACGAUCCAGUGCGAAUGUGCGAUCAUGAAGAUUCCCCGCAUGAAAAUUCCCCACAUUUACUUUAACGAUCUGACCACUACUGUUUUUCUCUUUUGGUUGAUUGAAUUUAUUAAGGAGCGAAAACUUGAAGAGGCACCCAAAGGAAAGUUGUUUGCAACUAGUUAGAAGCUUUUUGAAAUGGUAAAAUUACUAAAAACAAGCUGGGCGAUAUUUAUUUUCCUUUUCUUUCAUAACAUUACCAGAAAUUCGAGUAAUGGAUCAUAUUUUAAGCCGAACAGCUUUUAUAAUUAAAUGUUGCGGAGCACUGUACGGCGUUUAAAAAAAUUCUUAAAUACUUAAGCUUUGCGGGAAGAUAAUCAUCUUCCCAUGCUCUUAGAAGUUAGAAAACAAUCACUAAAACGGUUUUAGUUUUGAGAUUUUCGAAAAUAAAAUGUCAGACAAAUUUUCAUAGCCAAAAAAACCUCAAAACAGACUCAUUGACCUAUUGUUUAUCAGAGCAAAGUAGUACGUGUGGUGUCCCCCAAGUCUCUAUUUCAGGUCCUUUGUUAUAUACUAUAUAUAUGAUCUUCCUUAUGCAUCUAAAUUAAUACAGCCUCUGCUUUUUGAUGAUGACACCAGCACCUUUUAUUCUCACUCAGAUCCCGAUUAUUUAGAGUCCGUUCUCAAUGAUGAAGUGUGAAAUCUUGACAUUUGGAUGAAAUGCAAUAAGCUUUCAGCAGAUUUUAAGAAAACAGGUUACAUUGUUUUUAAAUUGAGGCAGAAGAAACUUGGUAAAUCUUUUUCCCUAUCCUUUGGAAAUCAGACAUUGAAACAAGUAAAUAAACAAAACUCUUAGGUGUUUAUAUUGAUGAGCAUUUAACAAGGAAACCUCACAUAAGCUUCGUAGCUAAACAAAUCCCUAGUCAGCCGGCUGAGCAGAUUAAGAUGGAGCACUUUGUGUCGAUUCGGUUCUAAGUUUUCUGAGUGUGAGAAGAAAAACAGUGAAGACAAUGGCCGUUUUUAACUCGUGAAUUGCGUGCAUGCGCAAGAGCGAGUUAUAGAUACCAUGUGGGGAAUGGCAUUCGCUCGCUCGCUCGAUUGGUCGAUUCCUGUAAACUUUUUUUAGAUUUUAGGCUUUUGAGUGCAUUUGAUAGUUUUUAGCGAACAGUAAACAGAAGAAAUGGCGACCUUUGUUGUUAAGAAUAGUGGUGGGGUGAAAAAGAAGCCAAUGAUAAUCUUAAAAGAGUUUUUUUUUUCGUUUUAGUUUCAACGAGCGGCGCCAGCGACUGGCAGGCAUGCAAGGAUUCACACUGAAAUAACAGAACAACCUUCGUUUUUCAUAAAAUUGUAAUUUACAAUCCUUGAACUCGAAAACAAUCCGAAGAUUCAUUGAAAAUAUUACUUACUGCGAAGCACUCGGAGUUUACAGAUGUUCAAAAGCUUUUUCUGUUAUGGCGUGAGAUUGAGGACAAAAUUGAUCAUUACGUUUCGUCGCGUGUGUUUUUCCUGUGUGAAGCAACAGAAGAUGCCGGCGACUGACGAAAUUACAAGUUAACACGAAAAUCAGAUAACACCUAAACAAACAAUUUUAGCUACCGAUUUUCAGUAAAUUUUUAAAGAACAAUUUUCUUUUAAGUUUCAAGACAAUUUGAAGAUUCAACAUACAUACAACGUACUAAAAUGCGAAAGUUACACACCACAAAAUUGAUAAAUAGGCCUGAAAUGAAAUUCUAUCUUGUUAUUGAUUAUACGUUGCCUAGCACGUGACUUAAAUCUACCCAGGCGGAGAUCCAAAAUGACGGUGGCAGGCUUGGCUUAGUUAUAUCACUCAAAACUCGUUCCAGUUUGUCUGAUUUGAUAAAGAGGGAAUCGUUAAUGUUUUCAUUAAGACAGUAUUGCCUUGAUUUUCUAAUAUUUACAAUGAAAGACAGUAAAUUUCACUUUUCACCCACAUUUACUUCCAACCUUUUCUUUUGAACCAGAAACAAAAAUGAUAGACGUUUAAAACACAUGACAUCAUCCACCUUGUCAAAUGUAAUAGCAUGAUCAUUUCAAUUGUAAUGCCUUCUUAUCCCAACGUUACUUUGUUUCUUUGCUACAUUAGCGAAUACUGAACUACUGCUCGUACUCUAGAUAUGACAAUCAACCACCAAAUUUCCUAAACCAGAUAACAUUAAACAUCAUGUGUCAAAAUCAUGUGUCAAUUCACGAGUUUGCUCACAGAGCACUUUGAUUAUACUAGAUGACGCGUUACCCGUCCAGUCGGAUAAUGCGUCUCUCAAGUUAUUCGUCUGGUGUAAAGACGGGACGAACAACAUAACGAGCAACAAGAGACGAAUAAUGAGAGUUUUUUUGGCGGUAAGUUUCAAGAUGGCGGCCCUGCUGGAGCUUGUAAAAUUGUUUUCCUGUAAAAGAAAAGCUGAAGAAGAGUUUUUAAGUUGCCAAUAUAAAAUGAACGAAGAAAUGUGUUCUUCUUUGAAUUCUUCGAUCGACAUACUUUCCUCAAGAAUUUUCUUUAUCUCCUCGAAAACAGUUUUGUUUGUAGUCUUCUUCAACGCAAGUGUGUCCAGUUUGUAACCAAAGUCGUUUUCCUCGUCUGGCAGGACGAAGGCAAAGUACUUCAGCUCUCUUUCUGUCCAUGAACGACUUCGCUGUUUCGUACCUGCAUCAGCUGCAGCCGCCAUGUUGUUAUGUUUGGCGUUUAACCGCCAGCGUUUUUGUAACACGGUCUCAUUAAUUUUUAGCUUUGGCUUUGGCAAUCGAUCAAAAUAGAUGAGAUCAUCAAGAGGGAGAUAAAAACUGCAUCGAUCAGUCGGGAGAUACGUUAUAAACAUUCGACUGGUUUCAAUAGAAUAAUCGCAAAGCCAAAAGCCAAAGCAAUAAUUCAGAAGAAAUAGUGCUUUGCAGUUCGAGUUUAAGAGAGGUUCUCAAUACUGCAUAGCAACUUUCCAACUUUACAUAAUUGUUUCCAGGUAGCUGCCGCAGUUUAUUGUUUACUACUUUUCCUAAACCUGGCUUCCGGUUGGAGAAUCACACGCUUCGAACUAUUGAAGUUGUUAACGAGGAUCUCUGCAGAUUCCAAUGCUACCUGGAACCUAACUGCGUCAGUUAUAACUUCUGUGAGAUAAAACAGUUGUCUGGAAAACAUGAGUGUGAUCUGAAUAACGCGACUAUUGAACAUGAUGAAGACCUGGUGAAAAACGAAAGUUACAUUUACCGCGGAGCAGAGGUGAGGAUGAAUUCUAUGAGGGAAAAGUAAUACUCUUUGUCCGAGAAAGCUCUGAUACGAAAUCAAGGGAUAUCCCCACCUCUCCUACUAAUUUAAAUAACCCUCUUGCACCGGGAAUAAAUGUAACGCGAACAUCCACGUAUAUCACCAACAACCUUGCGUGGAAAGAGCGCAACAAAAGCACUCGCGAACAACAAAUUAAGAGUACACUCGAGGACCACGAAUGUGGACGGGUGGAAUCAAGAAACCUCAAAACCUAGCCCAAAAAAACAUAGCAAAAACACCAUACAAAAACAUACAUGAGACAUACGCACACUAUUGCAAGUGCGGACGACAAACACACGGGAAGGAUUUGUUAGCCUGCCAAAGCAUCAUUUUAAAUUUCUCUAUUCCUUUCCUUCCUAAGAAUGCUUGUAAGAAAAAUCCUUGUAAGAAUAACGCAACAUGCCAAGCUGGGUUUACAGACAGAAACUAUCAGUGUUUGUGCGUUGAUGGAUCUGGAUUUAAAGGCCAUAACUGUAAUGAGGGUAAGGAAUCUUAUACUUUAUCAGUAUAG